GUAUGGUUCUUACCGUUUGCUCUGCCCUGCGUCUGUAGUGGUGGUUUGACUGAGGAAGUGCAACUGGAUUACUGAUUGCGGUACCUGCAUGAGCACCGGACUCCCUUCAUGCGCGUGUCGGACGUCUACUGUUGCAAAAUAAUGUAUAAAAGUGAAGCUAGUGCCGCUGUGAUUUAACAUUAAAACGGUUAUCGAACGGGAAGAAUUUGUCUAUGCUAAGGAUUUGUACGUGCGUUGAGGUACGUGUUAUAUUUCAAAAUAGGUAUUUCAAAGCUUGAUUUCCUGGGCCGUCGGAGGAGUGGCGUCGUUCAGGAUGUGGAAGGUACGAAAACGAACUCGUCAGGCGAGCGUAAGAUGAGCAGUCCAAUCCUGUCGUUGGUUUCGUUAAACGACAGCGAAACUGAGAAAUCACCAUCGUUUCAAUCCCACACAUCAUCAUGCCUUUCAUCCUUAUCAGGUUCAUUUAAUACAUCACCUUCUAAUGAUGAACCGUACCUCCCUUCACAAUCUUUCAUUGAUGGAGACGACAUCGCCUCUUUCUCAUCUCAGAAGCCGCCAGCUUUGUUUUCACGUCGUCUUCCGCUAUUUACAAAAGAUGUUGCUGCCCUGCACUCAAAAGAUGUCGUGAAGUCCAAAGUUGCUUUGCUUCAUCCUCUCAGCAUUAACUUUUUGCAAGAACCAUACGGUCCCGUGAGUUCUACCAUUGAUAUGGAACAAGAACCGGUUGUCGAUGGCAUCGAAGAUUGGCUAAAUUUUGACCCGUUCCUGUGUUCUCAGCGGGAACAGAUACGACAUGGCUCAGUAGAGCUCGAGGAGAAAAAUACGGGUUUGCUUGCAUGUAAAAACGUAUCUUCAUCGCCUGCUUAUCAGUGUUUUUCGUCUCCGGAUGGUAAUUUGCAGGAAACUGAAUUCAAAACGCUUAAUAGUGAGCAUUUCCUAGAGGAUUCACGCGUCUGCUCAGAAAAAGAAAGGAGACCUGGGGGACUGAGCAAGCACUCUGAUGACAGCAAAUAUGGACAGAAAGCGACAGCCAUCGUUCGUUCCUAUAGCUGUAAGUUCCACGAAUUUCCUACCCAGAAAGUGAGUGAGACCACCUUUAUCUCAGCGCCAAUGUCAAGAAAGGCGCCUGGAAAAAGUAGCUCACACUCCAAAAACAUUUCUCAAGCCUCAAAGCGCAAGGUGACAAUUGUCAUUCGAACCGGUGAGAGUGUCGCGUCUCUGAGCGAUCACGAUGCUGAUUCGAACUGCAGAAAUUUGGACGGUGUUGCUUAUUCUGCAUCGGCUUUGGAUAAGACAGAAAAAGUCGGUGACGCUGGUGACCUUCCAUCGCCUUCAAUUGCCGGCAGCACUAAUUCUACCGAACAAAAAGUAAGUUAUUUUUUAGCCCCUGAAUCGAAAAAUGGAAGUAUCAUGUCAUGGUCAUCGGCGAGGGCUUCCAAUAAAUCGGCCGCGAAAAAAAAUUUCGGGGACGCUGUGGCGAUCAUGUCUCAAAAACCUUUUCUAGAUAACCCCCUUAAUUCGUCUGGGCAUAAGAGCGAGGUUUGUUUUCUGUGCGGACAAAAAAGCCCUGGCAGCUUGGACAGAAAUGACGCACAAGUCGUGGCAAGAGGUCUGCCAGUCAUGGAAGAGAAAAAUGAAAUUGUUUAUUCAUCCACAUCAAACAAUAGUAAAAGAAUUUCUAUACCGAAAUCUUGUCCUCUUGUAUCUACUCAAAAUGAGACAAAAUUUACAAUCUGCAAUUUUUUAAGAAACUUCUCAUUUCUAAAAAAGCUAUCCAGUUCUUUGCAUUUGAACGCUUCGGUCCCUCAUUUCGUCAAAUCGAAAAGCUCAAACUUCGAAUACUCCCCCUUAUCGAGAGAAAAGUCAAAAAGUCCUCGAUUUUGCACUAAAACUUCGACGCGAUCGUUUUCCUGCGCCGCCGACUUGACUGAUCGUUUGGACGCGAGGCCUCGCAUUCGCUCAUCAUCUGUAACAAGCUGCUGUGGCCCGGGCCCUAAGAGCCUCUCCUGCAAUUCCACCUACGCCGCUCUCCUUGCCGAGUCAAGGCGGAGGCAAAACUGGACAGAAAAUCCUUAUCUUUCUGUCGAUGAAUCCAAUUCUGAAUCGAACCUCCAAUCGGACCCUCUUAUUGAUCUUCUCCCUCGGUCUGAGGAGAUUCCUCAGAGCCCUAGAGGAGACGAAGUGAAUGAACAAAUAGAUUUUUCGCACUCAGGAACAUCGCUCACAAACAACAACAGUCCAGUUACUUUUCACGUCACUAAACAUACGGCCACACAUCCCUCCGUAGUUUCAAGCGAUGUCGCUGGAUUCCGGGCAGUCUCGUCCAAAAACUUGCCCACUUCUCCAGCACUAACCGCAACCUCGCCCACUUUUCCGACACUAAGUUUAGCCUCGUCCACUUUUGCUGCACUAACCACUACCUCGCCCACUUUUCCGACACUAACUACAGCCUCGUCCACUUUUGCUGCACUAACCACUACUUCGCCUACUUCUUUAGCACUAACCGCAACCUCGCCCACUUCUCCGACACUAACUACAGCCUCGUCCACUUUUGCUGCACUAACCACUACCUCGCCCACUUCUCCGGCACUAACUACAGCCUCGUCCACUUUUGCUGCCCUAACCACUACCUCGCCCACUUCUCCGGCACUAAUCACUACCAAAAUAUUAACACGACCAACAACGCUGUCGAGCCACAACGGUAUCCGGGACAGAACCCCUGAAAUUGAGGGCAGCCACGAUGAUUUUGACAGCUUCUCAGCAUCCACUGCUGAUGAUCCGAUAUAUCUGCCUAAGCUUCAAGUUUGCGAAAAAGCAGGCUCGUGGUGGGCGCUUAAUGCCGGAGUGCUGCAGUGGUACCGUAAGCUCUACCAUCAACGCCUGUGUCUGCAGGUCCCUGCUGAAGUUGUCUCACUCAACAAGGUGCCGAGGGCUGUACAGGCAGCCAUGGACCCCAAGCUGCCAGAGGAACCUACGCCCCCGCGUCUCUUCAGCUGGCCAGAGGCGACGAAGAGCCGCCACAAGGACGGCUACGGCCGACUCUCCACCACAGACGAGGAACUGAUCGACCACAAAGACGUGAACGGCAACGCCGUCCUGACCAGAACCUCGGCGCUUGAGCUCUCGUCGCCCUCGUCAGCGUCUGACUACAACAACUUCGUCUCCACCACCGACGACGAGGAUGACGACGAGAGCGAAUUUGAUGACGAUGAAGACGCUGAGGCCCUGACGUGCGACGUGUGCGAGCGGGCGUUCGCCAGCAGUUGGCAGUUGCAGUCUCACCAGGCGAAGAAGCGUCACUACGGAUGCUCGACCUGCGAAAGCGUCUUCCGCUCGCUGUCUGCCCUGGAGACGCACAAGGAGGAGAACCAUCACUGGUCCGACGAGGACCUCUUCUUGGACCACGACGACGAUGAAGAUGAAGAUGACGAGUACGAGACCGGAUUUUACGAUGAUGACGAGGAUGAUGAAGAAGAAAAAGAGAAUCUAUUAUAAAAUUGUCUGGUUUAAAAAUAUAUAGUUUUCGGUCGAACCGGUCGAACCAUCACUGGUUCAUGAUAAUGAAGAUGAUGAUGGCGAGUACGAUACCGGAUUUUACGAUGAUGACGAGGAUGACGAAGAAGAAAAAGAGAAUCUAUUAUAAAAUUGUCUAGUUUAAAAACAUAUAGUUUUCGGUCGAACCAUCACUGGUCUGACGAAGACCUCUUCCUUGACCACGACGAUGAUAAUGAAGAUGAUGAUGGCGAGUACGAGACCGGAUUUUAUGACGAUGGCGAGGAUGAUGAAGAAGAAAAAGAGAAUCUAUUAUAAAAUUGUCUAGUUUAAAAAUAUAUAGUUCGAUCGAACCGGUCGAACCAUCACUGGUCUGACGAAGACUUCGUCCUUGACCACGACAAUGAUAAUGGAGAUGAUGAUGGCGAGUACGAGACCGAAUUUCAUAAUGAUAACGAGGACGAUGAGGGAGAAAAAGAAAAUCUGUUAUAAAAAUGUCUGGUAUGAAAAGACGUACAUUAUAGUAACAUGAUUGUCAGAGAACUAAAUAGCUGAACCUUACGCUUUUAGAUUAAUGUAAAACAUACGUGUAUAUAUUGGUGAGUUUUAAUCUAAUUCGCCAUAAUAGAGGUUAUAAUCACUCGCAGGUUAUGAUAAUAAUUUAUUUAUAUGUUGAUAAUUCAUUGUUAAGACAGAAGUGAUGAGGGCACUUCCGGCGAGUUGAAAUCAGCGCUGCAAGUAAAUGUCACUAUUAGUUACAGUGAAGUCAGAGUCUCUAUCCAAAAUGCACGUAAUGAAGAAAUAUUCUAUAAGUUCUCGUUGCAGACUGAAAAAUGUUAGAAAUCUCACCGAAAUAAUAAUAUUGCUUGAGUGUUUAAAGUGAAUAACCAAGCACUUUACUGAUUGUUCUAUGACACCACGUGAACAUUUAAACAUAACUAAAUGCUCUAACACUUGAAGCUGGCGACAUUAAACUUGUUUUGUGUGUGUUAUGUCCCAGAAGUCAGGAACGCUUCCAUCGUCAAGGAUAAUCCUGAGCUUGCGUGGUCCCAAUGUCGAUCAUUUCCCUCAUGCUUAGUGAUGCGUUGAGUAUUAUUUAAGAGCUAUUCAAUAUUAACAUUGCUAUACUUAUGGAAGUCCUCGAAGUCUAUCGAAUUAAUGCAGAGUUAUUGAAAAAACUCAAUUACUGAAGAAAAGUGUGUUGAUGCGGUGCGUGAAUAGUUGACAUCUUGCAUUAUUCAUAAAUAAUUUUUGCAAUUUUCACUAUAGAUACCUACAAAUCAGUUCAGGUUCACGAUAAUAAGUCCAACAACUUCCGUUAUAAGAAGAGUCUGUUGUACUUUGUUAGAAGGUUGGAAACACGUUCCUCAUACGAUAGAAACGCGAUUGUGUGCAGCAAAAUUGGGAGUGUUUUUUAGGCUCCCGCGUCCAUAAAUUAUCAAACCAUAAAUUAUUAAACGAUGGCAUGAGUCUGACGUUGAAAGUCUUCUUGAUAGAGCUGCUUCGAAACGUAUGCAUGUGUAAAAUCCAAUUUCAUUUGAGUGUGUUUUUUGGGCAUGUAAUCAAAAAUUACGUUUUGAAGUAAUCUGUUUUCUAUAAUAUAAGUUCAUUCUUUUUCAGCCCAAAUUUAUCCUUACUUUGUGUAUCUCAACGUUAUUUUCUGCAUUUAAUAUAAUUGUAUAUACCUGAAGGCACAUCACAAGAGACAAUUAAUACGCAUAAGAUAUGAAAACAUAUCAUCGAACUGAAAAUAGAAGUUUGGCCAGACCAUGGUUUAACUAUACAAGGUUGACCCACGAGGAUUUCCGUCUUUCAGUUCAGCUUUCUUGU